AAGAAUAUGAAAUUCCUUGUGAAAUAAUGCAUUCUAAUUUAUGAACACAAUUCAGUCAGAGCCGCUAAGUUCCACUUAGUUCUUCAAGCACUUCUGCUUACUUGACACUUUCAGCCUCGCUGUUUUGCGUUGGUUAAUGUAGGCGGAGUUAAGUCACAGUGCCUUCCAAAACAAGGAAAGUGUGUCGAUACAAGGACAGUUAAGUUACUGCUACCCGGGAGAAGAGAGUCGAAGAGCUGCGAUGAUUUCAUAGACAGCAUUCCUCGUUAUUGACAUUAAAGAGUUGUACCACAACCCUUGAAGAACAUGGAAGCAUCUGAAGAGUCCAUAAGAAUGACUCCCGAUCCUCAGAGCAAAAAAUGUCUACAGAAUCAGGACACGCACAUAUAUCAAGAGAAAAAACCAUCUGCACAAUCAGGCAGUGGUGCAGCACUGGUGUUGUGUUCUGUGUCUGUGGCCUGCUUGAGUGGGUUGAUGAUGGGCUAUGAGAUGAGUCUGAUAUCAGGAGCAUUGCUUCAACUCAGGGAAAUUUUGAGUCUCUCCUGCCCGCAGCAAGAGCAAGUCGUUGGGUCCCUUCUGUUUGGAGCCUUUCUCCUCUCCCUGGGUGGCGGCACCAUCCUGGACCGCUACGGACGGCGGUUCUCCAUCAUCCUCACGGCGCUGCUGUGUGUGUUGGGCACGCUUCUGAGCGUGUGUGUGGUGUCGUUUUGGGUGCUAGUAGUCGGGCGGAUGCUUGUCGGCAUGGCGGUAGCGCUGUCUGGCACAGCGUCGUGCCUUUAUGCGGCAGAAGUGGCACCGGCCGCCUGGCGUGGGAGGUGCGUGUGUGUGUAUGAGUUGAUGGUAGUUUUAGGGAUGCUCUUGGGUUUUGGACUGAGCUGGGCAUUCGCAGGGGUUCCGGAUGGAUGGAGGUUUACGUUCGGUGGCGUGUUGCUCCCCGCUUUGCUGCAAGCUGGCAUAAUGCCGCUUUUGCCGCAGAGUCCACGCUUUUUGCUGGCCCAGCAGCGUGAGAAAGAGGCUCAUGCAACUCUCCUUCGUCUCCGUGCAGGAAUCAAUGGUGUAGACGCGGUAGAGGACGAACUUCGGGCGAUACGCAUGACAUUGGGGGCGGAGCGCCUGCACGGCUUCCUGGACCUCUUUUGUUCCCGUGACAAUAUGCUUCAGAGACUGCUUGUUGGUGCUGCACUGGUUUUCUUGCAGCAGGCUACUGGACAGCCCAACAUUUUAGCGUAUGCGUCGACUGUUCUCAGCAGCGUGGGCUUCCAUGGGAAUGAGGCAGCGACUCUUGCAUCCACAGGGUUUGGUGUGGUUAAAGUGGCAGGGACCAUUCCUGCAGUCUUUCUAGUGGACAAAGUGGGGCCUAAAGUCCUACUAUGUGUUGGAGCUGUUGUCAUGAUGUUGUCAACAGCAACACUGGGGGCCGUUACUUUGCAAAGUCACACACAUGUUUCUAGCCUAUGCAGAGGCCCCGUUAAUAAAGCCAACUUAACAGUAUUUGGGAUGGCAGAAGAGACUGAUUUCCAGACAAGCAAUCCACUGGGUUUGUACCAGCCUUCUUACAAUGAACUUCAAAACAAGCAUAAAACAAAUGUUUUCCUCUUUAAUGACACUAAGGAUCAUUGGAGUUUAAACUAUACUAAUGAUUAUAGGACAACAUUUAUGGAAUUGGCUAAGGGUUCUGAGAAAGACAGUUCCAAAAUUGCACUUCAGUCUCUUCAUGUUAAUGAGGUGUCGCCCUCUCUGAAAUGGAUCUCUCUGGUCAGCUUGCUGGUUUACGUAGCUGGAUUUUCCAUCAGCUUGGGACCAAUGGUUCAUGUGGUUUUGAGUGCGAUCUUCCCAACUGGCAUCCGUGGAAAGGCUGUGUCCGUCAUCUCUGCCUUUAACUGGGCCACAAAUUUGCUCAUAUCGAUGACCUUCCUUACUCUGACAGAGAGGAUCGGCCUGCCCACUGUGAUCUUCUCCUAUGCUGCUAUGAGCUUCGUGUUGGUGGUGUUUGUGAUUGUAUUUGUGCCAGAAACGAAAGGCCGAUCGCUGGAACAGAUCUCUAAGGAGCUUGCCAUGAAGAAUCACCUGAGCAGCAAACUGCUGCAUCAUAGAAGAAAACACGAGGCUAUAGCACAACCCUCACAGGAGGAAAAAGCCCUCACAAAUGUUUGACUCUUUUAAGAGAGGAAGUGCACAAGGGUAUUUGCAAACAACAGGACAGCCGAGCCUGUUACUGCACAAUUUAAAGUAUUGAAGAGAUAUAACUGAGUGAUGUUGUCAUUGUGAUAAUUUAGCUUAAUAAACCUUUCCAUGGCAUGAUGGGUCAGUUGAGAAGA